CCAAAAGCGCAUCAAGUGCGGGAUAACUUAGCAUUUUACUGCAAGUUGCAACCACUCAAAACUCUUUGAAACUAAUGAGAACGUUUAUUGCAUUGCUGUUUUUAAUUAAAUAGUUAUAUACAAUUUUACUCUAUAAAAGAAUUCAUCAUGGAUGAUUCAUUAGCUACUCAAAGAAACAAAAGACAAAAAGUUGAUAAAUCAGGUCGUUUAGCUGCUUUAGAUAGAUUCAAAAAGCUGAAAGGUAAAAAACAUACAUAUGAAGUGGAAGAACUUCAAAAUGUUUAUGAUGAAGUUGAUGAAGAUGAGUAUGGGCAAAAAGUCUUAGAUAGACAGUAUGAUGAUUGGAUUGUCGAUGAUGGAGGUGGUUCUGGCUAUGUUGAAGAUGGACGUGAAAUUUUUGAUGAUGACCUGGAUGAUGAAAGUGUUAAAAGGGCUUCUAAACUUGCGAAAGAAGAAAAGAAAGGUCCACGAAAACGUAAACGUGAAGAAGAUACCAAAGGAGAUGGAAAAAUUACAAGUUUAUUUUCAAAUAUGUCUAAAAAGAAAGCUGAAGAAAAAAUAAAUAAUGAUGAUCUUCUGGGUGAAAUUAUGGCUGAAUUAAAUAGUGAGAAAGAGACUCACAAACAAAUUCGACCUUUAAAUAAAUUCAAGUCUACUCCUAAAAUGACACCAAAAACUAAAGAUAGUGAUGAUUUAGUAAUGGCACAAUUAAUGAAAGAAGUAAGUAAGAAACCAAAAAUAGUAACAACUGUUUUAGAUGAAAUUGAAAGUGAAAGUAUAUAUGAUCGACCUGAUCAUACUAUUAUUCCUAAAACAUUGACCUCAAAAACAGAAGUUAAAAUCAAAGAACCUAGUAAAGAAAUAUCAACCCUAUCAAAAAAGUCUCAAAAACCAGAUCAGAAAUAUUCCAAUUCUAAUGAAGUACCAAAAUCAUUGGAAAUGGAAACUGAAACUUUUAAUUUAGAUGAUUUUGUUGAAGAUGACUUUUCAUUAGCGGAUGUUAGUACACACAAAGAAGCUACAAAUGGAACAGGUACAAUCCAAAAGCUUGAUAAAAAAGCAACAGAAGAAAAUUUGGAUCAAUAUAUUGGUGAUAUUUCUGAUAUUGAUUUUGCAAAUUCGGAUAUGGAUACAAGCUGUAAUCAAGAUACUUCGUCUUCUGUGAUAAAUGUACAGUCCACCUUGGAUCGUUCUGAAAUGUGGAAAGAAAAAGAUGCUGAUAAGCGCAAUGAUGAUGUUUUUGCCAAAGCUUGGCAAGAAGACUUUCUACAACCUACUGAUGACAGUACAUUUAUUAAAUCUUCCAAAACUGAUGAAAAGAUACAAUUCCCUACAGUUAAAAAUUCCGCUGGAGAUCAAGUUUUUAGAUUUUUUUGGUGGGAUGCUUUUGAAGAUCCAUACAAACAACCAGGUGUCGUUUAUCUCUUGGGAAAAGUUUUUGUUGAUUCAUUAAACGAUUACGUUUCUUGUUGUGUUGGUGUUAAAAACAUACCAAGAAGAAUUUUCCUUCUUCCUCGUGAGUAUGUAAAAAAAGAAGGAACAAAACAAGAUGAUGAAUCGUCACGUGAAGAGAACAAUUUGACCAACGUUUAUACCGAAUUCAAUGAAUACGCCCGUAAACUUGGCAUAAAAGAUUUUCGAAGUCGCGAAACAACGAAAAAUUAUGCUUUUGAGCGUGAAGGCAUACCGACCACGUCUGAAUAUUUAGAAGUUCGUUAUCCAGCUACGGACCCAGCUUGUGAUCCUGAUUAUUCUGGACCAGCUAUUGAAGCUAUUUUUGGCACUUCUGUCAAUCCAAUGGAAUUAUUUUUAAUUGAAAGAAAUAUAAAAGGUCCAUGUUGGUUGGAUAUCAAAGGAGCUGUACCCGUUGACAAUCCUUUUGCUUGGACUAAAGUUCAGGUAUUUAGCACAAAAAUGGAAUUUGUUACUGUUACAACUGAUUCAACUCCUCAAAUGUUGCCCCCUAUUUCGAUGGCAACAAUAAAUGUUCAAGUUUCAUUAGAUCCAAAACAACAGAAAAAUGAAAUUGUUAUUAUUGGAGUUUUACUCCACAACAAAUUUCAAUUGGACAAAGCCCCACCCAAACCACCAUUUAAUGAACAUUAUUGCUUGGUUACCCAUCCAAAAACUACGACAUGGCCAAUUAAGGGUAAGGAUCGUUUGGCCAAAAUCACCAAGACCAAAGUGAUACGUUGCGACACAGAACUUGAAUUGCUCGAAAAGUUCCUCGAAAUAUUUCAGCGAGCAGAUCCCGAUAUCGUCGUAGGAUAUGAUUGUGGCUUUCAGUUCGAUGUAUUAAUGAGUAAAAUAUUUGCUCUGAAAGUGAAAAACUGGAGUUGCGUCGGAAAACUCAGGCGCUUAGUUCCACCGUACUUUAAGGGUAAAAUGAAUUUGAGUCAAAUUUUUUGUGGAAGGCCAAUCUGCGACAUCACUACGUCUGCCAAAGAAUUGAAUUUGAAAGUUCGCAGCUAUGAUCUUGUAUCACUUUGCGUUUCGGUACUUCAUAAAAAAGAUUAUGAGUGCAAAGAAAUUAAACCAGAAGACUGUCCUAAAUUUUAUGCGACUGCUGAAAAGCUCGAAGCUCUUGUUCAGUCUAGUAUGAUGCAGGCAUCGUAUAUUAUCAGCAUCGUUGUUGAACUGAAUAUUUUACCUCUUUACUUGCAAAUAACAAAAUUGGCCGGUAACACUCUGUCGCGUACUCUGUCAGCUGGUCGUGCCGAACGUAACGAAUUUCUCUUGCUUCACGCGUUCCAUCAAAGAGGAUACAUUACUCCUGAUAAAAGGGUAUCAAAUAAAAAGAAAGAAGGUGAACAAGCACAAGGAAAGAAAAAACCACAGUAUAUGGGAGGUCUGGUGUUAGAUCCAAAAAAAGGAUUUUAUGAUAAAUUAAUUUUACUGAUGGAUUUUAAUUCAUUAUACCCGAGCAUCAUUCAAGAAUUCAAUCUAUGUUUUACUACAGUUCCUGGUGCUGCUUACUCGGAAGUUGACGAUUUAGAAUUACCAGAAUCUUCAGUAGAAGACGGCGUUGUACCUACAGAAAUUCGGAAACUCGUCGAGAGCCGCAUUGAAGUGAAAAAAUUAAUGAAAGCUUCAAACACAUCACCCGAAUUAAAAGUACAAUAUAAUAUUCGUCAACUAGCUUUAAAGCUCACUGCCAAUUCUAUGUAUGGUUGCCUCGGUGCCACGCAUUGCCGUUUCUACGCUAAAGGUUUAGCUGCUCUUGUCACGAUGAAAGGUCGAGAAAUUUUGCAGAACACCAAAAGUUUGGUUGAAAAAGCCAAUUACGAAGUUAUCUACGGAGACACUGAUUCCAUUAUGAUUAAUACAAAUAUCUUAGAGUUCGAUCAGGUCUUUAAUAUUGGAAAAGAGAUAAAAAAAGAGGUCAACAAGACUUAUAGAAAAGUCGAAUUGGAUAUUGAUGGAGUUUUCAGAUACCUAUUACUAUUGCAAAAGAAAAAAUAUGCUGCUCUUACUAUGAGUAAAACACCCAAUGGUCAAUUGCAGUUUGUUAAAGAGAUUAAAGGUCUUGACAUCGUCAGAAGAGAUUGGUGUGGACUUGCUUGCGAUAUCGGAAAUCAAAUUUUAGACCAGUUAUUAAGCGAUCAAGCUUCCGAAUCACGUCUAGAUAAAAUCUUCGAUAUACUUCAACAAUGCUCUAAAAAUUUACGCGAAGGACAGUUACCUCUUUCAUUGCUAGUUAUUACCAAGCAAUUAUCAAAGAAUCCUAACGAAUAUCCAAAUGACAAAAAAUUAUCGCACGUACUUGUUGCGUUGCGACUUAACGAAAGCGGUGGUCGUAAAUGGAAAGCUGGCGAUACAGUGCCUUAUAUCAUUUGUGAAGACGGUACAGAUAGAACGCCUUUGGAGCGGGCUUAUCACAUUGAAGAGUUCAAAAAGAGUGACAGUCUCAAAGUGGACAUUAACUAUUACCUUUUGAAUCAAAUUCAUCCAGUAGUUUUGAGAAUAUGCGAGCCGAUCGAAGGCAUCGAUGACGUUUUAUUGGCACAGAAUUUGGGCGUCGGGGACCAGUACAAACCACGAAAAACCUACAACCCUACAAACCAAGAAGAUGGUGAAGUGCCGUUGUGCGUACAGGACAAUCGUUAUGAGAAAUGCACGCCGUUUUCGUUUACGUGCCGAAACGAGAAAUGCAAGACUGUUAAUUCAAUUAAUACCACGAUUACCGAAUUCGCAGGAGUUCCUAAGCCAUCACUAGCGAUGUGUUCUAAUCCCGACUGCGAUAUGCCACCUUGGAAGUAUAGCUACUCAAUACAGAAUAAAUUACAGAUGGAUAUUAGAAGAUUGGUCACAGAUUACUAUUAUGGCGAGGUUGAGUGUGAAAAUCCCAUUUGUUCCAAAGUCAUGCGAAGAGUUACCUUAGAUACUUUGCGCACUCUACCCAAAUGCUACGUAUGUCUCGAUGGCAAUGUUCAUAGACUCAACAGAGAAACAGACUUGUACAAUCAAUUGAGUUUCUAUCUUCACUUGUUCACAUUGAAUCAAACACAUUACAAAAAUCUGAAGCCGGCGCCUACGCGAGAAAUGAUAGCGGUUUAUGAUACAAUUAAAGAGUUCGUAGAGAAACAAAUUCAGUGCAAUGCUUAUUCAGUUAUAGAUUUGACAAAAAUGUUUUGGCCAAAUAUUCGAGAAAGUGAGAUCGAUGCGCUUAGCGAACUCGAUGAUAAAAUAACUAAGUCCACCGUCAUGGUUGAGGAUCUCAUACAUGAAGAUGAAGAUGUCGAUGAGAAUGAAGAGGAGUGAGACAUUGAUGUUAAGUUUUAUAUUUUUCUACUGUAUUACAUUUAAAGAAUUUGUAAAAAGAUGUCUUUCAUCAGAACAAUAUCAUUUUAUAAUAAAAUACAAAAUCUAAUUUACAA